UUGUUCUUUUAGUAACUCCUUUUCUACUCUACGUGCUUUAUAAUGCCAUGGUGUUUUCAUAUCACUUCUCCUCUUUCCACUGUUUGUUAUCUUAUCUCAAUUCCUUCCUCUGCUUGUGCUCAGAAGGCCUGCUUUGUUACUGGAUGUUCUUUUUGUGCCCCCCUGUCUUUAAAUGCCUGUCUCUGUGUCCCUCCACAGCUCUCCAAUGUAAGGCAGUCUUUUAUUGUGAAAACAAGUGUUUCCCAACUGAUUCUGAGCACCAGCGCUGGUGUGCCAAACUGGCCGGUUACAUGGACAAUGGGGCUCAGCUGGCCGACCUGCCAUUCAGCUAUGCAGCAGAAGUCACAACAGAGAGCUUUAGUUUGGAAGACUUCCUGUGCAAAAAUAAACUGGUUGGCAGCUACUGGUUGCACUGGAGCCUACUGGUGCAUUCUUCCCAGCUUCAGAUCACCCAUUCAAAUGCCUACCACAGCUGGCUUGAAGAUCACAGCAAUGCCUAUGAGCCUCUGAAACAGGAAGCAGACGUGUUGAUGUUUGGCCCAGACCCCCUCAACCCUCCUCACCUCAAAAACCCACUCAUGUCAUGGCAUCAGUACUAUGAAUGGAGAGGUCUCCAGUCUGUCCUCUGUAGUGGCUCCUGUACUAAGUUCUGCUCUCUCCGUCUACUACAUCAUCACUUCACUGGUCCCAAAGCACUUUCCUGACCUGAAUCUCCUGAAGAAACAGACUCUGAGGAUUCACAUCCUUGAGUCCUAUAGGGAGUUCCACACCAUGUUGACCUUCUGGGAACUAUCAGUGCUACUACCUCAUGUGACCUUUGAACUGGUGUUCAUUGGUGGACAUCUUCCCGGUUGGGGUGACAAAGUUCUUCAUCAUUUCUUCAUACAGAAAAUUAACGGCAGUGUGAGUAUCACUGACUCCAGCUUGAUCCCAGAUGAGGAAGCUGACAAGAGGAUCAUCCGAGUCACAGUUCACCGCUGCACCUACCACACACUGCAGGGGCCUGUACCUGACCUGGUCGUCGGUUUCAAGCCUGCUUUCCUGCGCAACGACUCUUGGUUCAGCACUCUUCCAAAACUCCAGACUCUGAGGGUUCCAGCCUUCUUCUGUGAGAUCAGUGAACUGAGAUGUGAGAGCAGUGAGGAAGUGAUGAACAAGGCCACAGGGGGCACUGUCUCCCCACCAACGAUCAAUCCCUUCCACUGCCCACUGCGCAUCAACGGAGGAGACAACAGGCUGCCACGGUAUUCCAAUGGCUUCAUCUUCCACCUCAUAUACAAGCCUUUAGCAAACGUUCAGCACCCGCAGACUGUCACUAACUCCACUAUACAGUCUGACCAUACACCAUCUCCUGUAGAGUCACCACACCUGACUUUCUGGGAGAGGAGGGCAGCUGCCCAGCACUGUCGACACAGCCAGGCAAAGAUAAAGAGAAAAAAAAAGUUCUGCCGUUAAGAAAUAAAAAACUGAGAGCAGGAGGUUCACUGUUUUUAUUGCUGGAGGACAUAAAUAUUUAAAGGCAGUAGUUUCUCCUCUGCAAAACAUGACCAGUCAAGUGACUGACUCGCUGCAUAUUUGUUGGGGCUAUGACAAGUAUUUGUCUUGUUUACACAUGAAAACUAACUCAAAGCUCCUGCACUUCAAAGAAAGAGCUUUUCACAAUCAUGUGAGAAGGUCAGAGUUCCGAAGACAGAAGCAGCUCUGAAAAGAGUACAGAAACACCAGAGGAUCUGAACAGGGAGCCCCAAUGCUCACAGAGGCUCCUGGAGAGAAUAUCAGGAGUCCUUGAGUGUCACUGAGGGUGUGUUAUUCACUAGUCAAAUAAAAAUACUGACAAGUAUUGUUAGAAUGUCCUAACAAUGUUCUACUGAGUGUAAUGUUCAAGAGAGUCCUGUGCCAAAUGUCUGUCUGUGGGUCUGUAAAUGUAAAUCUAUCCAGCCACUUACGUCCAUUAUGUCAUAAUAAGCAGCUAUGGCCUGGCUCCACAUCCAUUAAAUCAUUACUGCCUGUCAGUCACUAAUUAAAAAGGCAUGUUGUAGCUCUCUCCCAGUCUGCUGUGCACUGAAGUAUGGUCUGCUU